GCAAAAGCACACAGACUCACUCCCUCGAAGACCGAUACAGAGGUUACAAAUUGGGCUUCACCAAACCAGCCGAGUUAGGUGAGUCUUUCAUCCGAGAAAGGGUGGUGAGUGAGCGAGUGAUUGGCUCUGCAUCGCCGAGCCAUUAGGAAGCGGAUUGAUUGACGAAGAAUGGCGAACAUUGACAUCGAGGGGAUUUUGAAGGAGCUGCCCAACGAUGGGCGUGUUCCGAAGACUAAGAUUGUCUGCACGUUGGGUCCGGCUUCUCGAUCUGUAGAAAUGAUCGAGAAGCUGCUCAGGGCUGGGAUGAACGUCGCACGUUUCAAUUUUUCUCAUGGCACGCACGAUUAUCAUCAGGAGACCUUGAACAAUCUCAGGACCGCGAUGGCUAACACUGGAAUAUUAUGUGCUGUCAUGCUUGACACGAAGGGACCUGAGAUAAGGACUGGUUUUCUCAAGGGUGGGAAACCUAUUCAGCUUCAGGAAGGGCAGGAAAUCACCAUAACUACUGAUUAUGACAUCAAGGGGGAUCAGGAAAUGAUAUCAAUGAGUUAUAAGAAACUGCCCGUUCACUUGAAGCCUGGAAAUGUCAUAUUGUGCGCUGAUGGAACAAUCAGCCUCAGUGUCUUAUCUUGUAACCCUGAUGCGGGUACUGUUAGAUGUCGCUGUGAAAACACGUCAAUGCUUGGUGAGAGGAAAAAUGUUAAUCUUCCUGGUGUUGUGGUAGAACUUCCCACUCUCACAGAGAAGGAUAAAGAGGAUAUUCUUGGAUGGGGUGUCCCUAAUAAGAUUGACAUGAUUGCUCUUUCAUUUGUUCGCAAAGGCUCAGAUCUUGUUACUGUUCGUAAGGUCCUGGGGCCACAUGCAAAGCAUAUCAUGUUGAUGUCAAAGGUUGAGAAUCAGGAGGGGGUUAUAAAUUUUGAUGAAAUUUUGCGUGAGACUGAUGCAUUCAUGGUGGCACGUGGUGAUCUUGGAAUGGAGAUCCCAGUUGAAAAGAUUUUUCUGGCACAGAAAAUGAUGAUAUACAAGUGUAAUCUCGCAGGCAAACCUGUGGUCACUGCUACCCAGAUGCUUGAAUCUAUGAUUAAGUCUCCCCGGCCAACACGAGCUGAAGCAACUGAUGUAGCUAAUGCUGUUCUUGAUGGAACAGACUGUGUCAUGCUCAGUGGUGAAAGUGCAGCUGGGGCUUACCCUGAAAUUGCCGUGAAAAUCAUGGCACGAAUUUGCAUUGAAGCAGAAUCUUCUCUUGACUAUGGUGCAAUUUUCAAAGAGAUGAUAAGGGCUACCCCUCUGCCUAUGAGUCCUUUGGAAAGCCUUGCUUCAUCUGCUGUCCGCACCGCUAACAAGGCCAAAGCAAAACUCAUUGUUGUGCUGACUCGAGGUGGGACUACAGCCAAGUUAGUCGCCAAGUACAGGCCGGCCGUGCCAAUCAUGUCAGUCGUAGUGCCAGUUUUGACAACAGACUCAUUUGAUUGGACUUGCAGCGAUGAAACACCAGCAAGGCAUAGCUUAAUAUACAGAGGCUUGAUUCCUUUGUUGGCCGAGGGAUCUGCAAAAGCUACGGAUGCAGAAUCCACUGAGGUGAUUCUGGAAGCUGCUUUGAAAUCUGCAAUAGAAAGGGGCCUUUGCAAGCCUGGUGACGCAGUUGUUGCUUUACAUCGCAUUGGCGCUGCCUCUGUUAUAAAGAUUUGCAUUGUGAAGUGAUGCAUAUGCUAUGAAGAAGGCUUUGCCUUGCCUUGGAGGCGCUGAUGCCUAAAUUACAUUUUUGGCUUUUUGUUCUUUUAAGCUCUGCCUGGAAAAUGGAGAAUUAAUUUUUCAGCUUUAGACUGAAUUGUUUCUGGUGUUCUCUGUGUAGUGGGAUGAAUACCUUUCUAUUUGAGCCUGGUAUUGAAAAUAAAAAACCUGCACUCUUUAUAAUU